CCCCUACUGCCAGGCAAGCGUCCGAACACUUGCGCAUGCGCGGUGUUGACGCAUGUGCGUGGGCUGGAGAGAAGAAAGAUGGCGGCGCCCAGCAUCCCCACGCCACUGUACGGGCACGUGGGCCAUGGCGCCUUCAGCGACGUGUAUGAGCCUGCGGAGGAUACGUUCCUGCUUCUGGACGCUCUGGAGGCGGCGAUGGCCGAGCUCAAGGGAGUGGAAAUAUGCCUUGAAGUAGGUUCAGGGUCUGGAGUGGUAUCUGCAUUCCUGGCCUCUAUGAUAGGUCCUCAAGCUUUGUACAUUUGCACUGACAUCAACCCUAAGGCAGCGGCUUGUACCCUGGAGACAGCACGUUGUAACAAAGUUCACAUUCAACCCAUAGUUACAGAUUUGGUCAAAGGCUUGCUGCCAAGAUUGAAGGAAAAAGUCGAUCUGCUGGUGUUUAAUCCCCCCUAUGUGGUGACUCCACCUGAAGAGGUAGGAAGUCACGGAAUCGAGGCAGCUUGGGCUGGUGGCAGAAAAGGUCGUGAGGUCAUGGACAGAUUCUUCCCCCUGGUUCCGGAUCUCCUCUCACAAAGAGGGUUAUUCUAUUUAGUCACCAUUAAAGAAAACAAUCCAGAAGAAAUUUUGAAAACAAUGAAGAUGGAAGGUCUACAUGGGACUACAGUACUUUCCAGGCAAGCAGGACAAGAAAUCCUUUCAGUCCUAAAGUUCACCAAGUCCUAAAAUACAGUGUGUGCUCUAUAUUAUAUGGAAUGUCUACAUAUUGAAUAUAUUAUAUUGAAUAUACAUAUGAAUACAUAUUGAGUACAUGUGAACAGUAUAGAUAUAUAGAUAUAUAUAGGUAUAGAUAUAGAAACUGAAUGUAUUCAGCAUAUUUCAAAACUGAAGUCAUUUCUUGGUUAACAAGUAAAAUUGUCAGAAAUAAUGUUACGUAGAAAAUGGUGGAAGGGUUGGGCAUUCUCUUUUCCUCAGGAAUUAAACCUACAGAAAUAUUUGCAUAAAUGCUAGUAAAUACAUAUAUUUUAUAUAUAUAAUUUCAUUUUAUAUAUGAAAGGUAUUUAUAUAUGAAAGGAUAUUCAUUUCAGCAUUGUCUGUAUUAGCAAAACAAGGAAGUCAACCUAACCAUCUAUCAGUAAAGGGACUGGUAAAAUAGAUUUCAGUAUAUCCAUGUCACUGAAUGUGAGUGACAUCCAGCUACUAAAUAUGACUAGGAUUUGUGUAUACUGAACCAUAAGGGGGCCAUGAUGUACUUUUGAGACAGGCACACACACAAAAAAAACAAGUUGCAAAACAGUAUUAUCCUAUAUGUGUAUUUUUGAAGGUAGGUUUGUAUGUGUAUAUAAGAAGUCUCAGAAGAUACCAGGUGGGAAUGGAGGAAUUUUCACUCUUUUGUGGUAGCAUUUGCUACCACAAAAUAAUGUUAUUACUUGUAUAAUCUUUUAAACUUUUUUAUUAAAAAAAAUUUUUAAUUUAC